AUGACGAUACCAUCCCGGACGGCAGUUUCUAUCAUCGGUGGAUUGAUGGCACCGAACGGGCGCCGAAGACGAGAGGGCGUGGACCCAAACAUCUCUGAGAAGUACCCAGAGAUAUUGCUGGGCGAGUGCGGCUUCCGCGACAUCCAGAGCGUGACCUACAAGCUGCCGCAAAACCACUGGCCCGCGGACGCGCGUUCCAGGAAAAUGGGCUACUGGAACGAAGUGGACACUUUGAAUGAUCUGGAGGGCCUGUCACCGCGGCUCUUCGCUGGGGCGCUUGGUUGGUCCAGAGAAGAAGUCCAACUCUCGACAGCGGGGUUGGCGGAUGACGUCCGCGAUACCAGCAUACAUGCGCGUAGUUGGUUUCUGCCAAGCAGGAAGCGAAUGCGCCGUGGUACGAAAUCGCCGCCCGGAGGCAUUCCCUGUCUUAUUCAUGGUCAAACAGGAGAAAGGCUGCUGCGCAUGGUUCAAGGACCAUGGAUCACUGGAAAUCCUCAGCAAAGCCAGUAUGUGACUCAUUAUCAUGCCGCAAACAUUAUGGGUUCUGUCCAUUCGACUUCGCCCUCGCCUCAAUCUCGAGCCAGGCCAGUUACUGACUUUGGCGACAACCCCCCCUCUUUCCCAAAACAAGAAAGCGUAUAUGAACUCUGCAAGCCCGCCCGAGCCACCACCCAUUUUUCACCCUUUCGCACCAUCCUACCCUACUCUAUCAUUCGAAUCAACUCUCAGACACUCUGUUUCGACAAUAUCCCACGCGUUAGCGAUUAUAUCAAUACGCGUCUCGAAGCAAGCCACCAUCACUCCACAGCACAAGGAUCCGGACCUGCCCAAAUCCAGAUUGACCGUCUGAUCCCAUUACGACCACAAUCAGUCAUGAUCGAACUGUUUGCUCGCCUCAGCCACAUUCUUAGGUCGCGUCAUUCACCGUCAUCUGCAUCAUCCUCCAGACCUCCUCUCAAAGAUACCUCAACGGCUGUCGAGCCAGAGGUGGUGGCGCUUCCAGGUCUAGCCAGGUUGCCGCCGGAGUUACUUCUACAGAUCAUACAGUAUCUACCAGCCGAGUCAGCUGCUGUGUUUGCCUUGAUAUCGAAAUAUCACUACGCGGCUUUGAAGCAGCAUGUUCUCCCCGGUCUCAGUUCCAUGGCUGUCAAAAAGCGCUUUCUUCGUCUUCUUGAGGUGGAUUUGGCCGAGUAUAUCGCCUGUCACUGUUGUGAUAUACUCUAUCGAUGGAAAGCGUUGGCGCCACCGUAUUAUUGUCCUCGGCGAUCUCGCCUUGAGAUGUCCGGCAUACACACACCUCGGCCAUGGUGUACAUACUACCCAGAGCAUCAACCUCACUAUCUAACCCUCGAGACUGUUGCUGCCUUUUUGAGGGGAUACGAGCACGGCUCUGCUUACGGCCCACAACUUCAAGAACUUCAUCAUAAAUGCGAUAUCCCACUGCCACGGCACUUCUGGGCCCCAGAUGUAUCGAGGGAUACGGUGGCGCGGGUCGUCAACGGGAAACUGCUAGUUCGAACAUCCUACAGUUUGCAAAUGUCCUUGCAGCAAUCUUUGGCCGCCCAGCUCGACCGGCUGAAUUUCAUUGGUUGUCUUCAUUCUCCUGGCACUCUUCCUGCUCUCGUCAAGGACGCUAUCGAUCACCACCUCGGCCGUCCUUACAAAGCGCCACGGUGUUUCGAUUACAUCAAUUGCGCAGAGUGUGCAACAGAUCUGCGCGUUGCAGUCCUAGAUACAAAAGGUGAUCGGUUAGUCGCGCAAAUAACCACGUGGCAAUGCUACGGAGGGCGUGAUAUCGAUCAAGAAGCAUACACGGUCCGGAGAAUGUUAGGCUACCUUUUUGCUUGCGAGGGCGAGGGUGAGGGCGGCACGCAGUCGCUAGAGUAUCGACGUGCUCCUCCCAGCCGAAAUCUUGAGCUACUAUACAACGAGAGCCUCGGCGACGGUGGCAGCCUUGCCAACGGACUGCAACAACGGCACAGAUGGCUCCAUUGGUGGGACUGGAGCUAUCCAGGGUAUACCAACGCUCCGCAUAUUUGCUGCUACAUUGGCCCUGAUUGA